UCGCUUACUGUAAAAAUCAACUUCCUGCAACGGAAUGGUGGAAAACGGGUGUUUUGAUCCAAUGAGAGGCUUUAUAUAUUUAAAUAUCUUUUUGUAGCAACAUUUUAAAGCUUUUGCUUCAUUAUUUUCCCACAUACAUGCCUUUUAAACUAUUGUGUGCCUGGCCUUUUAUCGUCUAAGCUGCAUAUAUUCUCUGUACCACCAAACAGGCUAGCUUGUGUGGCUAACUCUGUCAACCCCCCAGGUCUUGCUAACAGCUAGGGCGUUAGGCAGUGGAGUAAUUGGAUUGGUUUAUUUUUGUCCGACAAGAAUUAUUAUAUUCCUUUAAAGAAAAGGGUGUAGGCGAACGCUUUCUAAGACUCGGAAAAGCUAAACAAUGAGUGCAGAAAGCUCAAAUCCAGCCGCCACACCCACUCCCUGUGAAGACACCCAGGGAGAUGGACGAUGGAUGUCUCUGCACAAUGGCUUUGUAUCAUACAGCAAGGACAAAGAACCUGAUGUUCUGUUUGUGGGGGACUCUCUUGUUCAGCUCAUGCAUCAGUUUGGGAUAUGGAGGCAGCUGUUCUCUCCUCUCCAUUGCCUUAACUUUGGGGUGGGCGGGGAUGCAACACAACACGUGCUGUGGAGACUGAGCAACGGUGAACUGGAUAACAUCAGCCCAAAGGUCGUAGUGCUGUGGGUUGGCACGAACAAUCACGGUCACACAGCUGAACAGAUCUGCGGUGGCAUCAUGGCUAUCGUCCAAGUCAUUCACAACAAGCUCCCUCAUGCUCAAACACUCGUGCUUGGUUUACUGCCCAGGGGUAAAAUGCCGAACCCCCUUCGAGAACGAAACGCCAACGUGAACAAGCUCGUCGAGGACGCCCUGUCAUCUCUUCCCUACGCCCACUUCCUCAACGUGGACCCUGGUUUUGUCUCCUCUGAUGGUAGCAUCUCCUACCAGGACAUGUACGACUACCUUCACCUGACCGCGCACGGCUACCAGGCCGUGUGCGAACCCCUGCAUGCUUUUAUUAAAUCUCUGUUAGACAAACCUGCUGAGAACUAAAGAGCCAGGUUAAGGAUUCACACUACAGCCGUGGUCCUCGUCCCUGCUGCCAGAGAUCAUUGCUUUAAGGCUUUUAAGACUUCGCAUUAUCACAUGAGUAGUUUUUAGGUGCUGAGGGCAGCACUUGAAUUAUGCAAGUCUUCUCAAUGACCCGGGUUGGUGACCACUGUUGCUCAUAACAGGACCACGACAUAUUUUGUGUUUACGAUAGUAAAAAAAAAUUUUUUUAAAAAGAAACGUGUUGUGCUUUAGUGAGAGACGAGGUCCUUCUUGAAUAUUCUGGCUAAUUUCCUCCAAACGUUCUUUUUUGUAACACUUAUAAUUUUAUUUUGCUGUCACUUAAUAUUUUAAUGCAUGGGAUAAUUCUGAUGAGGGCUUGUCUGGUGCGCAGCACAGUUAAAGAAAACAGUUUUAGAAAUAUGCACAGUCUUUUAUUUUGGCGAUUACACUCUAUAGGCCUAAACAUCACAUGCUAAACUACAAUAAAAGCUUUGUUUAUAACCACAUGCUGCACAUAGUUCAGUUUAAACUCAUGAAAUAUCACAGGGAUGUUGACUCCCAGAAGGCCAGAUCAAAGAAACCCGAUAGUGCACGGUCUUUCUGACACAAGAACAGGAAGUCGUUGGAAAACAGUUUGUGAUGUGACAGAUUUGUGCCAGAGUCAGUAUUCAGGCUUGAUUAAACCUGCCUUUGUCAUUUUUCUGUUUUUAUCUAAUCUUUGUUCAUUUCUACGACUCACAUUUAUUUGGUAUUACACCUUUUUAUUCGUAGCCGUUUUUGCUUUGUUUACAGGAAGACUGUGACUGUGAAGGCUAAUGCUAGCCGUGUUUUGUUGUAGCCCAGAAAUCUUCUAGUAAAGCAAACACAAAUCAUCCUGGGAUCUGACCAGCUAAGCUGGAAUACAACCAUCUAAAUCCAUUAUUGUGCUGUUCUCUGAUAAAGGUUUCUGUUGUGAUUUUGUUUUCUUCUUGUAUUAUUUUAUUGACCAAAGCUUUUGAUUUGUUUACAUCACCUGUAUACGUGCUCUUCACCAUGUUACCGUAUUGCCUUGGUAUAUUUUCCCUUCACUUGCUGUAACAUCUAUAGAAUUCCCUGUUAGACAUUUUUUUUGUCAUCAUAGAUGUAUGUGAUUAGAAUGUGCUCAUCUAUUUGCCCGUUAGAUCUUCUCUGCAGCGUAACGGCUCAUUCAGCGAUUUAAAAGGCUUUAUUCGCGCUAACAUGCUUGAGAGCCUCUUGGAUUGUGCCACGGGAGCUUGAAAUGGUCCAGGGUGAGUAAUUGUGUAAGUGAUGAUAGAAAUGUAUUAAAAUCAAAAUCAAACCA